GAGUUCCUUCUGAACCACCUGGCCAACCAGUGCCCCGCGCCGAGCGCCGCGCCCCGCUCCAGGGAGCCACCGCGGAGGGCGCAGACGACGGGCUUCAAGUUCUGCUCGCCCUACUCCGAGCCCAAGGCGGCGGAGCCUCCCUUCGCGAAGGAGUCGGCAGUGUGGUCCUGCAGCGCCUGCCAGAUGCGCGACAUCGGCAGCAACACGGUGCCCUGCGGCCGCGCCACGGCGGCGACCCGCUGCUUCUGCGGGCACGCGUUCCACACGCACGAGGUCGUCGGGGGCAAGAUGCGCUGCACCACGCCCGGGUGCCUCUGCAGCCAGUUCACCUACGUGCCAGCGGGCGCGACGUGCUCGUGCGGGCAUUCGAGCACCGAGCACGACGCGGUUCCCUUUCACGCUUGCGAGGUAACCGGGUGCAACUGCCAGACGUUUCACUGUCCUGGGAUGUGCGUGUGUGGCCACAGCUGGGCCUGCCACCGGACGGAGAUCAGAAAGGUCCACGAAAGCGCCACGAAGAGGGCUUCUACGUUCUGCAACGGGAGCACGAAGACCGAUGCGGAUGGCAGCUCGAGGUCCCGCAGUUCCUCCCCGGAGGAUUCACCGCCGCCCAAUAG